UUGCCGACCGUAAAUGAUCAAACCUGUGCUUAUUUCCAGCGGGAAGCGGGAAGAAAGUGACGGUUCAAAAUAACAUCCGAGUUUCCUGUGAAAAAUUAAACCGGAGGCUUCCGGGGAGGGGGCGGGGUCUCCAGGCGGCGGUUGCCAGGGAAACGGGAGUCGGUGUAGCCUGAGGCCUAGGCCCCGCGUCUGGAGCGGAGCUGCGUGAGGCCGGAGAGCUCGAGAGCGGCUGGGGCGGAGCGCCCAGCUCAACGUACUGGCUGCACAAAGACUGGCUGAACCAUGGGCAACAGCUCGGUCACCUGGAGACAGAAAGGAGUGCGCAGGAUCUGUACAAUUUAAACACGGCCAGCUCCCAGCUCUACACCCUCCUGACAACCAAACUGAUCUAAUGAGAUGACUUGUACUGAGAUCUUGGCUGCAAAUUCCUCACAGGUGGAUUCUUGACUGGAAAUUAUUUUGUGGAGUGGGAGUGGGGUCUGGGAACCUACCCCACAGGCACCCGAGGAGGUUGGAGUCUAUUGGAAGACAAUUGUGUAGAGCAAUUUUAACAAAUCGUUUCAGUAACUAUAACCUUUGGAGAUCAUGUUGAGGAGACCCUGAAUUAACACCGUUUUGGGGCAAGAAUCACCUUGAAGGACCCUUCCUUCUCCAGCCUGAAAGCGCAGACCCCUUAACUUAUUAACAAACUCAGCGCUGCACUGCCCUUGAUGCUGUGGUCUCAGCUCCAGCGGUGCUGACUGGAACCUGUUCUGUGGGAAGAGGGUGAGGGGAGAGGGCUGAGUGGACAUGUUGGCGACACUCCAGUAAAAAGCCUUUCGGCAACUUGUAUGUCCUAAAUACCAGCCCCUAACCCUUCUCUAAAGAGCACAGGUUCCUCAGAGGUGGGGAGUGGCUGUUGUUGGUUCUGACUGAUGCCACAGUUUGAUAUUUGACAACAGCCGUGGUGUUUAUGGUUAUCUCUGCACUUGGCAUCAACUUGAAUGAAUAAUGUGCAGCAUUGCUUUUGUGUUUUUCCUUUUUACUUGAGAAACGCGAGGACACAAACCGAGGAGCUGUGGGGGAUGGUUAAAGAUCAGCAGUGAGUUUGCCUUCAGAAACGGCAGUACCUCUUCUGGCAGAACCCAGCAUUAUCAUGGCAAGCAUCGUUCUGUCUCGCCCCUGAGGAUAUGUGACAAAACACGGGCAGGAAUCCUUCCCCAUCACUCACUUCCGUUGUGGCAUCUGGGCCCCUGCCUUUUGGCUCAGAGGUAAACGGUAAAUCCUCUACCCACUAAUACGCACACCACUGCCCUAGUUGAGUGUCUUCACCCACCCCACCCACAGCUCCUUACCUCAGGGCUGUGAACUGUUAUGGCAGAACACAGUGAGCUCGUGGCAGAGCUGCCAGUGGUUGGGAGAAUGACCACGCAGGAGCGGCUCAAACAUGCUCACAAACGGCGCACCCAGCAGCUGAAGAAGUGGGCACAGUUCGAGAAGGACAUGCAAAGCAAAAAGGUGAAGCUCGACAAAAAGAGAAACAAGAGGGGCCUGAAACGGAUCCGAUUUCCUGACAACGUCAAACUGUUGGAGGCAGCGUCUCGGAAUGACAUCGAGGAAGUUCGGCAGUUAUUGGAGGUUGGAAUAGCCCCAGACUUGUAUAAUGAAGAUGGUUUAACUGCACUGCAUCAGUGCUGCAUCGAUGACUAUGAAGAAAUUGUUAAGUUGCUGCUUGAGGCUAAAGCCGACGUGAACGCAUGUGACAGUGAGCUGUGGACCCCACUGCAUGCAGCUGCGACGUGUGGGCAUCUACAUCUGGUGCAAGAACUCAUCCAACACGGUGCUAAUCUCAUGGCUGUCAACGCUGAUGGGAACAUGCCUUAUGACUUGUGUGAGGAUGAUGUCACUCUGGACUACAUUGAGAGUGCGAUGGCCCAACAAGAUAUCACUCAGGAGAAAAUUGAUGAAUGCAGAAUGGCGACCGAGAGGUGGAUGGUUGAAGACAUACAGCGGCUAUUGGAGAAUGAGACCGACCUGAACAGCCAGAAUGAUGUGGGCACUUGCCUGCUCCACAUUGCUGCAGCGAAUGGAUACACAGAAGCUGCUGACCUGCUACUCGCUCACAAUGCCAAAGUGAAUUUAAAGGAUGCUGAUGGCUGGGAACCACUGCAUGCUGCAGCCUGUUGGGGACAGGUUCAUAUGGUGGAGCUGUUGCUGGCUCAUGGAGCCAGUCUGAAUGCCCGAUCCUUCCUGGACGAGACUCCAAUAGAUGUGUGUGGCGACGACGAGAUCCGUAAUAAGAUGCUGGAACUGAAACACAAACACGAUGCAAUAAUGAAAUCACACAACAAACACAAGACUGCCUUACAGCGACGGACAUCCAGUACAGGGAGCAGAGGGAAGGUUGGCCGUAAAGUCAGUGUCACAGAGCGGAGCAAUAUGUACCUGAAGGAGCACAAAGAGGAGGCCAUUGCCUGGCAGCAGGUGGGCAGCAAGGAGAGUGACCCCGAGCUGCAGGAUGAAGAAGACGAGGAUGCACAGACGGACUCUGAACUAAAGCAGUAUGGAUCGAGUGCAGCUGCCCAAGUGCUGAACGGUGAUGAGGGUCCGAGCGAGGUGAGGUGGGCCAGUGGUGAGCUGACUCUGAGGAAUGGCUGUGCAAUUCCAACCAGUACUCUGGAGCAGGACGCCAGGGACCUGGACCAGAGCUCAUCCUCCCAGCUGGUCAGCAGAGAGGAGCUGCCAUCUGACCUGAACAAGGAGAAAGCUCACCACACACUGGCUGAUCUGAAGAGACAGCGGGCAGCUGCUAAGCUCCAGAAGCAGCUUGUGCCCGAGGAGCAGUUGGCUAGAGAGUCAGCCAACAGUGUUGUGUCUCAGCCUCCCAACCCAAGCCCACCUCAACAGAACUCAAUCUACUUCACUGCUGCGAGUGGUGAUCCUCCACUCGUCAAAUUCAAGGCUCCUGUGGAAGAGGCUCCAAGUGAGAAGUCUGGGCGAUGCUGUAAAAUGAUGUGAGGCUUUGAGAGUCUGCAGUGGGACGGUGAGCCCCACGUAGGACGGUCUGUGAUGGGAGACAAAGAUCUGAAUGUCUAUUCCUCGGGAGCUUGGUCUCUGAGCUCCGACAACUGCUUUAGCCUGGACUGUUCUACUCUACAAAUACUUUACUGUUCGGGCCAGAUGGGGAUUGCGGGGGGGGAGAAGAGGCUUUAUUUCUACAAAAACACACCAACCCUCUCCCCAUCCCCAUUCCCUGUUCAACACCAGCUGCUCUUGACUGCCAGAAACAAUAUGGAAUAUCAACAAAAGCAUCCCAGGAUCAGAGGGGUUAGUGCCUCUGAGCAUUUAGUGAAGCAAGCAGGUCUCUAACCUGUUUACAUGAGCAAUGCUUUCGAGGCAGCUGGCAGCGUGGGGAUUAAUUUCAUUAAUCUGCUUGUCACUGCAACACAGUCCACUCGGCCCUAACCAUGCUGUUGCUGUAACCAGCCUACCCCUGUCAGUGUGUAUGUGUGUGUGUGCGCGUGUGCACGCCUAGGGCACUGAUUCACUGAUCCAGCAUUGUUUCCUGACCAGCUGGAGUUACCCAUUCCCUCCACACUACAUUCCGGAAAGAGAUUUCACUAGCAGCCUUGAUGGACCUGUGCUUUUACUGAUGGGUGUCCAGCUGCUCUGCAUUGGGUAGCCAUCCAGAUGCAAAGCUUUGUGUUGAGGCUUAAUUUGCUUCAGGUUCAUCAAACAGACAAUCUCAGAGAGGCUGGAGGUGGCCUGGCUAGAAAAUCUUAAACAGUUGCACUUUUAAGGGGCUCCUGGUUACGUAGAGUACAGUCUCCAGGCGAUUUUCCCCCCCCGGCCAAACUUUCAAGAAUCUGCAUUGGGAGUAGAUGGAAUAAUGUACAGAGAACAUUCCUCUGUACUUAACCCCUUGCUGUCCGUGUCUCUGUGAGUGUUUGGGGGACAAUGUAGAGGAAGCUUUACUCUGUAUCUAACCCUGUGCAGUCCCUGUCCGGGAAGUGUUUGAUGAGGAACUGUACCCAAUGGAGUAUUCCAGGCCCCAUCCUUGAUGCCUGAGAAGCACAAAUGACUUUUCUUAAUUAUUUUCAAAGAAAGAAAUGUUAAUAAAUGUAAUAUAU